GAAAACUACAGCCAUGAAGGUACUUAUAAUUCUCUGUACAGUGGCUUUAGCCAAAGCUGGAGUCAUCCACGACUUCGCGCCAGCACCAUCAGUAUCCACUGUGUAUUCUUCAAUCAACACUCCAGUGAUAAAUACUGUGACUCCUUUAGUAGGGAAGACAUAUACACCAUUUUCAUACAAUAAGGCGUAUUCUGCUCCAGUCUAUGAUUCUGUAUUAUCCACUCAUCAGAGCACGACAAAAUCCUUGGACGGAACACGACAGGAUACGUUGAUCAAAUCUUUGGACACGCCAUUCGCGAGCUUGAAGAACUAUGAUUCGCGCACGACCAGUGAAACAGUAUUACAUUCACUGCCGACUUACAAUGUUGCAACGCCAUUAGUCCAGUCUAUAUCUCCAGUGACAUAUACUACUCAUCCUGUAGCCCCUAUUGUUAAGACUAUAUCAGCUCCUUCAGUGGCUAUUUCGCAUCCUGUAGUGGCCAAGACGAUCACUUCUGGACUGCCCAAUUAUGCUUCCCAAACGCCAGUUGUAGCUGCUCAUCCUGUUAAGAUCACAUACUCCGAAGCUCCUUUGGUUUCUCACAUGACGUUCACAGGUCUUGGUACUAGCUACUCUUGGUAAAAAAAAUAACAAAUAAUAUUCAUGGUUCACGCGACUGACUUCUAUUUAAGUAUAAUUUAUUCCAUUAUUCUCUAAGUUUACCAUCUUUAUUAGUAUCUCUUGUAAUUUAUUUAAUAAAUUUUUAUCA